CAUGACCAGCAGCUUCCCGUGGGCCAAACGCUGGACCAGGGAACCUAAAGAAUAGCAAUGCUUUAAUAAAAACAACACACAUUUUAGCCUUAUCACCAAAGAAGAUACAUAGUAGGAGGAUACGGAAUAAGAAGCCUUUCCAUUUGGAUUACUUUUUCUUUUAUCCAUUUCAAGAAACCAAAAUGAAACCAAGGAUCUUUCUCACCUGCCUGGCAGCUUUCUACUGUUUGAGUGUCUGUCUGGCCUCAGAGCUGUCUUUCCUGCUGGAGCCCAACGAUGUAAUCGCGGUGAGGGAUCGCCCACUUAUGCUGGACUGCCAAGUGCAGGGUGAGGAGCCGAUCAUGGUUACGUGGCGUAAAAACGGGGUGCCUUUACCCACCAGCCCGCGGGUCCGAGUGCUGGCGAACGGCACACUGUUCAUCCAGAGCUUCCAGAAGCGCAGAGAGGGGAGCGACGCAGAUAUGGGCGAGUACGACUGUGCUGCCCAAAAUCGCUACGGCUUGCUGGUCAGCCGCAAGGCCAAAGUCCUUUUGGCAUCUCUUCCUAAGUUCCACACCCACCCUGCGUCCAUGUCUGUGGACGAGGGAGGAGUCGCACGCUUCCAGUGUCAGAUCAAUGGGGUGCCCGAGGCCAACAUUACCUGGGAGAGAGACAGAGUACCACUCAACACCACCGACAACAGAUACACUCUCCUGCCGAUGGGUAUCCUCCAGGUGACAGGCGUGAGGCAGGCGGAUGCUGGGGUUUUCCGCUGUGUCGCCACCAACAUUGCCAACACUCGCUCCAGCCACGAGGCCACGCUCAACAUCACCGGUGGAGCUCCCAGAAUCUACAAAGAGCCAGUCAUCCUGUCAGGACCCCAGAACCUGACCAUCACAGUCCAUCAGACUGCCAUCUUGGAGUGUAUUGCCACAGGAAACCCAAGGCCUAUCGUUUCCUGGAGCAGGCUAGACGGCCGCUCCAUAGGGGUGGAGGGCAUCCAGGUUCUGGGGACAGGGAAUCUGAUGAUCUCGGAUGUCUCCCUGCAGCAUUCCGGUGUGUACGUGUGUGCUGCCAAUCGGCCCGGCACCAGAAUGAGACGUACUGCACUCGGAAGACUCGUGGUACAAGCUCCUCCUGAGUUCCUACAGUGGCCGCAGUCUGUGUCCAAACCAGCAGGCGGCAGUGCUGUGUUCACCUGUGUGGCGCAGGGAGUCCCCGAACCUCACCUCAUCUGGCUGAAGAAUGGCAAGGUCCUGAUGCCUGGGCACAACGUCAAGCUGACCAAUAACAACAGCACUCUGGCUCUGACCCGUAUCAGCUCGGAGGAUGAGGCCAUCUACCAGUGCAUCGCCGAGAACAGUGCCGGCACCAACCAAGCCAGUGCCCGCCUCGCCGUGGCCCAGGCUAAAGAUCUGCCCGCUGCCCCUGAGGGCCUUGCAGCCAGUGCGCUGUCCACCAACGCCCUGCAGAUCACAUGGAGCGAACCACCCACCAACGUCACCGACAGCAUCAUCGGAUACGUCCUGCACAUCCGCAAGAUUGGAGAGCCCGACAGUCUGGAGCUGCAGGAAGCCAUCAGUAAAGGCACCUUCCAGCAUGAUGUGAGCAACCUGGAACCAGCAACCACCUACUCCCUCUACCUGAAGGCCUACUCUCCUCUUGGAGCUAGCCAGCAGUCCCACACUGUGGUGGCUACAACACUAGGGGGCGUGCCAACACCUCCCACCUUCUUCACCAAGGUGAUGAACUCCAGCGCCGUGCAGGUCCUCUGGGAGCUCCCCGCUAAGGCCGGCAAGGCUGAGGGCUUCAGGCUGUCCUAUCGCAGGGUCCCCCAUGCUGCCUUCCAGGGACCGAUCCAGCUGCCCUGUCUCGUCAAUGCCCACACCAUCACUAAGCUGGAACCGGGUGCUGUCUAUGAAGUCAAACUGGUGGCCUACAAUGGAAACGGGGAGAGUGACUGCUCCAAGAGACUGGUAUCACUGGCAGAGGAGGGCGUGAGUGACCCGGCCACUGGAGGGAACAGUCUGUGUCAGUGCAGGGAUGGAGAGGCCUCUCUGGGCAGCAUUGUCAUCGGCAUCCAUAUUGGCACCGCCUGCAUCAUCUUCUGUGUUCUCUUCCUCAUGUUUGGAUACCGUCGUAGUCUGUUUUGCAGUAAAGGGACUCAGGACAGCUGGUCUGUACCGAGGGACAACACAGAACACAAUGGCAUCCCUAAGGAUGGAGGAAACCACCCCAGAGUGGAACCAGUGCCUCAGGCGGUCGGUCCAGCGCAGUGCCAGGUUGUCAUUGAGCAGCACAUGGCAGGUUUGCCUGGCACGGGCAAUGGCUAAUACUGGUCAAAAUUAUCAACACCCACAUUCCUGUCCUCCCCUCCAACAGUCUGCUACUCAAGUAGGAACCCCUUAGCCUCCCAUCAAUGAGCACCUUCCAUGCUCUUUGAUAGGGGUAAGUCAUAGGUUUAGUCUCCCCAAAACCUGCUGCUAAUAACCUGAAAGUAACCUACACAAAUCUGGUCCCUUGCCACCCCAACCCGAUCCUCCACCCUUACCUCAAACCAAAGCUUACUGCCUUUAUUGCCUGUGCACAUGCACAUGUGCAUGUAGUCAAAGCCGUCAAAAAGCAUUGCCACUGCAGAUUAGGUCCUGUCACAUUCUUUUUGUGUGUACACCACAAACACAUGUCAUUUUUCCAGAGGGAGUCUGUUCCAUAACCAAAAUAUUGUAUUCCUUAGACCUCCUCUGGUAAGCUGACAUGUGAAGAUGUGUACUAUGGUCUUAAAACCCAAAUGAAGCCAAAUAUUCUCACACAACUGGAACAUUCCAGUUAGUCUGUUGUGACAGAACUCUUGACUUUGCCUUCAGUUCCUCUGCAAUAAGAAAGGAAAGAAACAUAGCGGCCUUUGUGAAAGCCUUAUGGAGGUGAGAGUCUGACUAGAAAUGAUUGUCUAUAAGCCAUACAAGCCAUUUAGAAGAACCAUGCAAACAUUACUCAACUCAACCUCACCCAAAAGCUGCACACCUCCAAAGAAAGCUACCUCAGUCUGACAAGAAUGUCUGAGCCAUAGUUGGGCCAAUAUUAGCCUGAUGAUGCUGCUUGUGCUAGCCUACCUCAACCAAAAAACAUCCCGAAUCCCUUUCCCUUGAGCCACUACUUCCCCGACCAGUGCCAGUGCCAGUGUACCGUGCCAGCCGCCAACCAGGCCAGUCCAGAGAGUGCUCAGCAGGAUGACUACCAUGGAGAGCGUAACCGUGGCAGAGCCUGAAUUCCACUGCCACAAGCCUAAGCCUUACUGUACCGGAGAUCGACAAGAGCCUUAACAGCCGCCUCUUCAAGCCAGGUCACCUUUUGUUUAUGUCCAAUUUUGGCGGAAAUCUUCAACGAUUCUGAUCUCAAGAAGGCCAUGUAGUGUUGCCUCCUUGGUUGUUCUUUCUCCAUUAUGUGGAUAUCCACAGCUUUCAGAUAUCCGCAAGAGCCCAUCUCCAAAGACAUAUUUGUGCAGAAGAUGUAGCUCAUGGAAAAUAUGGACCUCAAAGAGCGCUUUGUGAACCUUUCAAGCCAUGCAUUCAAUUUUUUUCUAUGAAGUCUAUCAGGAAGAACAUGUUCACAACUAACAGGUUGUUUGUUUGAGCCACACAAACCUGAUGGCAUACUGAAGAUAAGCCAAAAAAUGACUGAGGCCACGCUGCCGAGUUAACUGUCCAGAUGCCAAAUUGGUCGCCCUGGGACCUCGACGACACUGAGUUGGCGGCUAAAGAAGUUUUAAGGGGAUACUUGCCUGAACGCACGGAUGAGGCUUGUGUUUUGCCAUGUCAGCCUAUCCAAAAAGUUCUUCCCUAAAAACCAAGCUGAAUGAUACCCAAAGAUGUAAACAUUUUGAUGGUUUUCUUUAUUUUCCUUUAAAAGAGAGAUUACAUUUACUUACAAUUUUGGAUUGUUCCCGUUUGAAAGGGGUCACCUGUGUGUAAAGUGCUUUAACUGAACCCAAGCCAAAAACAUUUUUCUCAUGAUUUCGUUACCAUUUUUUUAAAUGAUAUCUUUCAUGUCCUUUAGUUUGGAAGUCAUUGCAGGUGCAUCCCUUGAACGUUGAACUCUAUUUUUGUUGAUUCUAACAUUUAAAAGUGACCAAAUGAAGAUGUCAGAUAUUUUGAAAGACUUUUUAUGUCAAUAUUAUAAGGGAUACUAUCUUCCUUUUUUAAAGUAGUUGAAUCCUUGCCAAAUAUUUAGCUAUUGUAAAGAAAUAUGUAACCAAAUACCUCUACAUUUUUAACAUUCAUACUUUACCUUUACAGUUCCUCAUAACCAAAGCACAGAAACAUGCUUGUGAGUGCGAUAAUAUACGUGUGUGAAUGGCUAACAGUGGGUGAACCUUGAGGGCAGCUGCUUUGAGAAGGAACCACACUUUUAGAUUCAAAGUUGCCUUCGACCCAAGUUGUUUAUACUUUGGUCCCCAAAGAUUCAAUACAUUCUUUUUUCUUUUAAAAGGAAAAUAUUUUUUUAUUUAAUUAAAUGAUCUGCACAACGAGACUCUAAUAAUAAAUAAAUUACCUAAUGUCUGCUUUUUUUAUCUACAAACAAAGACACAUAUCUUAUGUUUCAACUUGGCUUCAUCCAACAAGGAACAGUGCACUGCUAACAUUAGUUUGCAGCCUAGAUAGUUGUAGCUAUAGAGCAUUAAACAGAUAAACAUCACUUGCAAAUGUCAACAACAGUUAGUUUAGAUGCUAAAUAAUGUGAUCCUUGUUAUUCACCACUGCUUACAAAACACUGCCUGUCUGUGGCUUAUAUAAACUAAUAAAAAUUACAGUUUGCUCAAUCUUAGAUUGUUAGUGAGUGCGGUCAAACACUUACACCAGCCCAACCACUCUUUUAUCACUUUUCAGUAAUAAAAAAGUAACAAUUUAUUUAAAAACACUCCGACAUUGUAAUUUCAGAUGGAUUUAAAAAAGGUUUCCCAACUGAAACAUGAUAAAAUGCUUUAAACCAGGGUUUUAACCAUGGCAUUGCAUCUUAUGACUGAAGAAACCCAUAUAUUAUUGACCAAAAGUGUGUGUUGCCUCAAGCUUUAAUGUUCCUCAAGGUUUACUAUGACCCUUUGUUAGUGUUAAAGGUUUAUUCAAAGCAGAGCAAUAUAAAAAAUAAGUGCUUUCCCCCUCGUCUUCUUUCUUACACAACUGAGAGCUGUUAAACCAACGCGAUACCAAAAAGUGUAUUUGAUAUGGAAGACCUAAAAAGUCAAUGUGUUUUUGUAGCGUAAAGUGUGUAGUGGUUAAACUAGUUUUUGAAAUGGAAAGCGUUUGUUGCUUCUGUUUGGAAUAAUUCAUUUGUCUGCCUCUUUUCAUUUGAGUCUUUCGUUCUUCCUGCUGUGCACAGGAAAAGUUGCCAAAAGAAAUGUUUGCUUUGUUUGAAAGUUUAUUAUUGUUAUUAUUAUUAGAGCUCAACAUUAAUUAUGAUAAUUUCAAAUGUUUUCCUUUUUUUGACAUGUGUAAGGAUGAUAUGAAAAUUAUUGUUAGGGUUACUUUGUGAUGGUCUUUGCGCAUGUGAUGUGAGUUUUUCCAGAGAUUUUCGAAGCCAAACUCACAUUCUGCCCCGAAGAGCCAGCGACUAGAAGAAAGAGAACUACAACAAAAAGAAGAAAAAAAUUGUAGGAAAGUAGAAGCUGGCUGCUAGUACCAAUGAGAAACAAUGCUUUAAUGAUUAUAAGUGCUUCUCUGUUUGCUAAGCUCUCCACUAUGUAUUGUUGCCAACUGAAAACCUAAAGCUUUAACCUGUUGUGACUGAGGUCCCGUCCUUGGUCUUUGGCCAAAAUGAAAAGGUGUGGAGGUAAAGGACUGACUGUAGAUAGGCUGCAGUCGGAAACAGAGACCAAGUUGUGACUAGGAACGUUUUUAAAGUACAUUUAUUUUACAUUUUAAUGGAAUAUGUUCACAGAAACUUUCACUAUAUCCUGACAGUAGAACAUGAGACAGAUAAUCUGUGAAAAAAUCAGGUUCCUCUGGCUCCUCCUAGUGCUCCUAAUGGAUGAAAUGAACAAAAACAACCAAUGAGAGCUGAGAAAGAUGGAAAGACACUUUGGGCUGGUGGCUUGAAGAUAGUUGACUGUUGAGUCUCAUUCCCAGUGUCAAUAGUUGAUGACCUGGGAAUGAGACUCGACAAUCAAGUAUGUUUCUUACCUCUGAUUGGUUGUUUUCACGAGGCUCUGUGGAUUCUUGCAAAUGCCGUUAGGAGCACUAGGAGGACCCACAGGAACCUGAUUUUAUCACAUAUUAUCCGUCUCAUGUACUACUGUCAGGAUAUAGUGAAAAAAGUCUGACUUAAAGUUACCUACUGCAACCUUAAAGUGGGACUAUUUGACUUUUUAGGAAGUAAUAACAAUUUUUCACAUUGCAGAUGAAUACAUAAGGAAUAAACCCCACCGUACACAUUUGCUGCUACAUUCUUACUUGGCCUGGUAUGACCAAUAGUUUAUGGUGGCUAACUGUUAGAUACAUAUUCCUGUGUUAGUGACAUUACUUGUCCUUCUAUUAUACUAUGUUGGAGCUUUUUAUCCCAUAGCAAAGGUCACAUAGACUCACUUUAAUGCAUUAACUUUUUUUUGUGUGUGAUUUAUUUGAACUGACCCUUUAAUGUUAUUUAUUUAUUUAUUUAGCCUGCAGGCUCCUUUUGUAAGUCUUUAAGCUGUGAGGGUAAUAACAAAACAACACCAUCACUUUGUCAUAGAAACUGUGGCACUCACAUAAAAAAAAAAUCCUGAUGAUUCGCAUAUUUAUAGUCAGUUUGUGUCCUAAUAAUAAGAGUCCAUAACCUACACCUCUUUUAAGCAAUAUUGUUUCUGUUCAUAGCUAAAUAUGGACCAAAUUACUCAGUAAAAUGUAUGUUAAUGUCCCUAUAAAAAACAUCACUUUAGAGGAAAAUAAAAUACAUAAAGUGAAAAAUGUUAGUAUUGGAAGACAUGAUUAUUAAAGUGUGAUAGUUUAAAUUAGGGAAUAUUUAAGAGAAGAGCUAAAAGAAUCUGCUAACGGUGAUAGCAGCAUUUUCAACUCCCUAAUUCCUACUAAACAGCUUGGUCUCUGUGGGGCUGCAGACUGCUCUAUGUGAAUGUCUGGACUGACCUCUGCUUUUUCUCCAUUCCUUCAUCACAUUCCAAUAUGCCUAAAACCAAAUAAAGACAUUUCUUGAAUUAA